UGCCUCCGACUUGCGGGCGAGAUGGCCGAAUGCACGCGUGGGUCCAAAUCCCGCUCUCCUUGUUUGAUUUUACAUUUGUAUCUACAUCACUCGCCUUCACAAGCAUUCUCAUGACGAUGCAUCGUUUUUAUCUGUGAAUACUGUGAGUUAGAAUACUUACGAUGGACUUCACGAUAAGUAGGCCGAGGUAUUGGCAUGGAGGUGGCCGUAUGAGGUAAUUGGGACGGUGUUAAUGAUAAAUAGAAACAAACAGUUUUAAGUAUUAUAAUUUGAAGUCCAACUCAAAAGAUCCAAUUCUCCGGCAGAGGAAAACGCGAUGGGACCGGCUAGUCUCUCGUACGCCGCUAGGGCGAAGAAACAUGCAAACGUUUCAGCUAGAGCUUUGCUUGAAACCAUGGAGCUCAAAAGGAGCAAUCUAUGCGUGAGCGUGGAUGUCACCUCCAAAUCCGAUUUCUUGAGCAUUGUGGACGUCGUCGGACCAUACAUAUGUCUUGUAAAAACACACGUCGACAUAAUUGAAGACUUUGAUCAUACCUUGAUCGAGCAACUACGCGAACUGAGCGUGAAGCAUGAUUUCCUCAUCUUCGAGGAUAGGAAAUUCGCCGACAUCGGCAAUACGGUGGCUUUGCAGUACUCUAGUGGCGUGUAUAAAAUUGCAAGCUGGUCGCACAUCACUAACGCUCAUCCCGUCCCUGGACCGUCCAUCAUUAGUGGUCUGGCUUCAGUCGGGCUGCCUCUUGGAAGAGGGCUCUUGUUGCUGGCGGAAAUGAGUACCAAAGGUAGCCUUGCAACUGGUUCUUACACCGAGGAGGCAGUACGGAUGGCCCGAGCACAUCGCGACUUCGUCAUUGGGUUCAUCGCCCAAAGAAGAAUGGAUGGGGUAGGGGCUGCACCGGGUGAAUCAACGGACGAUGAAGAUUUCCUGAUUCUUACACCGGGUGUGGGUCUCGAUUCUCGCGGCGACUCUAUGGGACAGCAGUACAGGACACCCAGAGAAGUCAUUCUCGAUUCGGGUUGCGAUGUGAUAAUUGUCGGCAGAGGCAUCUACGGUAAGGGUAGUAAUGUGGAUAUUCAGGCAGUCCAAGAGCAGGCCGAAAGAUACCGCGCGGAGGGGUGGGCAGCAUAUCAGAAAAGAAUCAAAAGUACAUAGAUGAUAAAGUGUAUUCUACAUUGAUAAAUUUGACUUUCAUUGAGAUGUCUCUCUAUCG